CGCCCACUCUCGCGUUGUUGUUAUUCCGAUCGCUUGUCGUCCCUUGUGUGGACACCAAUUGAAUGUGAUGUUCCGGACGCUAUUUGUCCAACUUUUUCUCAUAACCUUCCCAUUUUCACCAGGCCGCUGCUCAGAUGUGGUUGAAACGAAGACACCGGUUCUGUAUGAAAUCGGAAAGAAACGAAAACUUGAAGACAGCAUACCAGUAAUUGAAAUACGUGGUGAAGGCCAACCGAUGACAGCAGCGCAAAUAAGACAACUUGAAGAGAUGUCGAAUGGUGGACCACUUGAUAUCAAGGUAGAGAAGACAUGGCGGCCAGUAGACUGUCCACGUGCUGCAAAACGUAAAGAUUUUAUAACAUUUCAUUAUAAAGCAUUUACUGAAGCUAACAAAAAAUGUGACCAGUCGUACGGACGUGAACCAAUUCGAAUACAACUUGGUGUUGGUAUGACAAUACCUGGAUUAGACAAAGGUAUGCGAGGGAUGUGCGACACUGAAUUAAGGAAAAUUCAUGUUCCAUACCGACUAAGUCGAAAAAAGAAAAGCAAAGUGUGGAAAAAUAUUCCCAAUGAUGAGCACUGGCUCUCUUUUAACAUUGAAAUGCUCACUGUUGAGCCAUGGUCACUCGAUUUGCAAUUCAACUUUUUGGAUAUCAAUAACGAUACAGUACUUACUGAAAAUGAGUUGGUUAAAUUUCAAGAAAACCUCAAGAAAAAUUUCGGCAAAACAUGGAGCAAUGAAAAUAUUGAUUAUGUGAUUGCCGCCAGAUAUUAUAUCAGAUAUUUCGAUGUUGACAGAAGUGGACGGGUAGAUCUGAUGGAAUUCCGCCAGGUAAUGGAGCGAGAUAUGGCGGUAAUGGCUGCAGUAGCGAGUGGUAAAAAGCCAGAAGGUCGGAAGCGGGAUCCAUCGAUUGCUUGGAUUGUAGAUUUUAAUAACGACGGCAUCGUUUCUGUCUCGGAAAUUGACCGAGCCGACGAAAUACUGCAAGGGGAACCAGUCAUUCUACCGACAUUUGCAAAAGAUGAGCUUUAGGAUUUUGGUACAUCAAGUAAUUGACUUACUACCACGGGAUGUGAGUUUUGUAAACCAGGUGACGUUACGAGAGUGACAUAAUUCUUCGGCUAUGCUGAAGAUCCUAAAAUAUGCAUGCCUUAUUAUGGUUUGACAUUAUG